AAAAUCUAAAGACAAAGGCGCGUGAUUUUCUCAUUCAAUUUUCACUCGCUCUCAACGGUACAUUUUUCUCUUCUUUUUUUCUCUGCCUUUCUGCAUCAAGCUCUUCAACACUUCAAACCAAUACCUCAAUGGUUUCUCUCACGGAAAAAUCUAGAGUGGGCUCAACCCGAGCCUCUGUGGUCGCUGCUGCCGCCCAAUCUCGCCCAAGCGUGGGUGGUAGGAAGUUCAAGGUAUUUUCGGAAAUGGACCGGACUAAAGCUGGUGAUGGGAAUACGACUUCUGCCAGAGGAACAGUUGCAAAUUCAAGAAGGAGUACCGUGGUGGCUGGCAAAGGGAAUAUUCUUAACAAUACCAGUAAUCCAAAGGCUGGUCUCAAACAGGGUAUGGAUAAAAGUAGUGGCAAAUAUGGUACUUCUGUGAGAAAGGCAUUGGCUGAUGUUAGCAAUGUUGAAGAAAAGUUCACGGCAGCUGUUGGGCAUGCUAACUCAAAAAUGAAGUAAGAAUCAUAUUUAUUGUGGAUAGAAAGAAUGUUAAAGGGAGGUGGUAGUAUUACACUGUUUAAAUAAAACAGUUGCAAGUUAUUUUUGGAUACUUAUUUUGUACAGUUAUAUAAAAAUUUCAUUUAUAUUUAUUCUCACAUAUCAGCUGAUAUAGACUCCAACUAUUGACGUCAUUCUU